AUGAAACUGACUUUCGGCAUCUCGAUUGUGCUAGCUGGCCUAGUACGUUUGGCUUCUUCCCAAGAGGUGGCUGGCACAGCCGAAGGGUUUGCAUAUGGCGUGACGGGCGGCGGUGAUGCGACGCCAGACUACCCGGCCGACAUUGACGAGUUGACUGACAUGCUCACUGAUAUUGUCCCUCGAGUCAUAGUCCUGGACAAGGAAUUCGAUUUCACCGAAUCCGAGGGCACUACAACAGGUACUAGGAUCAUACAAGAUGAUUGCGGCGACUCUACACAGAAGACGGCUACGUGGUACAACGCUCCGAAAACCCCCAUCGAUGUUGCGUCCAACAAAACCAUCAUUGGAGUUAGUGACAAGGGAAUCAUCAAAGGCAAAGGCUUGAGGAUGCGUACCGGUUGCCAGAAUGUCAUCAUUCAAAACAUCCAAGUUAGCGACUUGAAUGACAAGUUCGUCUGGGGUGGCGAUGCCAUCUCUUUUGAUGGCGCUGACCAGGUUUGGGUCGACCAUGUCACUACCGCACGUCCAGGUCUCCAACACUAUUGUUUUGGCCACGAGGCCAGCACGCGCAUCACGCUCUCGAACAACUUCAUCGAUGGCGAGUCCACCUACUCGACUGGUUGCAACGGCUACCACUACUGGACCUUUGAGAUGGUGGGCACGGCCGAUCAGAUCACCAUGAAGAAUAACUACAUCUACCAUACCUCUGGCUGUGGCCCUGCUCUGAGCGGUGGCACUCUCUUGCAUGCUGUCAACAAUGUAUGGGAAGAUAUCGACGGACACGCUCUGGAAGGCGGAGAGGCAACUGCCAAAGGAAUCUUUGAGGGAAACGUCUUCAUCGACGUGAAGACUCUCGUUGGCGACUACAAAGGAAAACUUAGGGGGCCUACGUACUCAUCCGGGGGUGUGUGA